GACGAUCCCCUCCAUUUUCGGUCCGGCAAAGGAAAACAGCACUCCUAUAUAAGGUUGUUGGAUGAAUAUUCCGAGCCAGGCCAUCCUGGCACACUCUCGAUCUUGAAUUUGCCGAGCUCGGCUUAAUUCGCGCGCCUUGCACACAUUGUCGAACCCGCGGCUGACACCGAGAUUUCCUUGCGUCUCUCUUCGACUGAUCGCCCGCCCGUAGCCCCACGACCAUGGCGAUUAAGUGGAUAUUCUUGAAAGUAUUGCUGAUAAUUGGGGCGGUACUGGCGACUUACGCCAGGAGCGAGAAGAAAGUAAUUUUCACGAUGUGCGUACCCGAGAUUUAUUGGGACGACUGCAUACAAAUGAAGGUGGACUCGUCGAAGAAAGGGAUACCGAUUUCCUGUAUUUCCGGGCGCGACCGCUACGAGUGCAUCGACAAAGUCGGUCGCAAGGAGGCGGACAUCGUGGCCGUCGAUCCCGAGGACAUGUAUCUCGCAGCGAAGCACGAGCUCGCCUCCCGAGCCCAAUACAACAUCGUCGAGCAGAUUCGCACGAAAGAGGAGCCGAACGCCCAAUAUCGUUACGAGGCAGUCUCGGUCGUGCACAAGAAUCUGAAAAUCGAUGACCCAAGGAGUCUCCGUGGUCUCAAGUCCUGCCAUGUUGGAGUCGGUCGCAACGUUGGCUACAAAAUUCCACUGACGAAGCUCUCGGCCCUCGGAGUACUUACCGAUCUCAACAGCCCGGAGUACUCGGCACGCGAGAACGAAUUGCGCGCUCUCAGCUUCUUCUUCAGCAAGGCCUGCCUCGUCGGCACCUGGUCACCGGACAUCACCAUUAACCAGAGGCUCAAGGAAACGUACGGUAAUCUCUGCGCCCUAUGCGAGAAGCCGGACAUCUGCGACUAUCCGGAUGCGUACAGCGGUUACGAGGGGGCUCUGCGCUGUCUCACCCAGAACGGCGGCGACGUCGCCUGGACCAAGGCCAUCUACGUCCGCCAGUUUUUCGGGCUGGACACGCAAGGGAGCAACGAGGCCACGGCGACGACGGCCACGACGAUUAAAGCCGAUCCCCGAAAUUAUCGCUAUCUCUGUCCCGAUGGUACUAAGGUGCCCAUCGACGAGAGGACGAAGCCCUGCACCUGGGCGGCGAGACCCUGGCAAGGCUACAUGACUAAUGGUGGCGUCGCCGACAUUGAUGCCGUACAAAAGGAGUUGACGCAAUUGGGGAAAUUCGGAGAGGAAAAGAAAACCAGCUGGUGGAGAAAUUUGAUGCUUUUAAACGAAAGGACUUUGGCAGUGGCGACGUCGCCGAUUGAUCCGGAGCAGCACCUCAAAAUCGCCAAAUACAUGGACGUAAUCGCGAGGAAUUUUGGCGCACCCGAGCGAAAUGCCCGGUGGUGCGUUUACGAGACAAAGGCCUUAGAAAAGUGUCGUGCGCUAUCCAAAGCUGCCUAUUCACGAGACGCAAGACCGAGGUUCGACUGUAUCUUGGAAAAGGAGGAGGAGGCCUGCCUGAAGGCUCUGCGUGACGACGGCGCGGAUCUGCUGGUCAUGAGGGGUGAGAAGGUCGAGAGCGCGAUGAAGAACUACAAUGUGAAGCCGAUUGUCGCGGAGUCGUACGGAGCCGGAGCGAACGAGUUUAGCGAGAGGCCCGCCGUUGCCGUCAUAAAACGCGGCAGCUACAUUAAAUCCCUACGCCACCUUAAGGGGAAAAAUUCGUGCCACAGCGGCUACAAAGAAGACUUCGCCGGUUGGAUAGCUCCGGUGCACGCAAUGAAAAAUGUUCACCUGAUUAAUUCGGAAAAGGAUAUUGCAGAUUUUUUCGUCGAGUCGUGCGUGCCUGGAGCCGACAGAGACUCGACACUCUGCAGCCUCUGCAUUGGAAAUCUUGCCUCCAAAGAUGAAAAUCUUGCUGAAAUUACAAAGUGCAGCUCAACAGAGGCAGAAGAUUAUAAAGGAGGUCGUGGAGCUCUCAAAUGUCUACUUGAUGGCAAAGGCCAAGUCGCUUUUAUUCCUUUUACUGCCCUUAAGCAAGAGAACUCAACAAAGAGUUCGGACUUCAAUUUAGUCUGUCCAAAUGGCGGCAUCGCUCGAGUUGAUGAUUGGCAGCGAUGUAAUUUUGGCAUGGAACCACCCCGAGUGAUCGUUAGUUUUGCUGGGAAAUCUGCAAACGCUUUAGAAGAACUGACACACGGAAUUUUAGCGGCGAGUAGUUUGUAUGUGAAAAAUCCGGAUUUCCUUCGACUUUUUGGUACCUGGGCUGGGCAAUCGAACAUCCUGUUUAAGGAUGAAACACAAAGUCUGAUAUCGAUUGACAAUUCUUGGAAUCGCUGGAAACAAUGGGCAACAAUUCCGCUAGAAUACGAGUAUUAAUUAAUUAAGAUAACACGUAUUCUUAAAUACAUUAAAGACACGUAUCUCUUUUACUUUUAUCGAAUUUCAUUGCACUAAAAGUCUGAUAAAUAAAAUCUUAUAUUCUCAUAAU